UCUCAACCUUGAUUGUUCCAUCACUUUUGACCAAAAUGUCCAAAGAAGCAAUCCUGUUGAUUGUCUUGGCUCUAAGCCACUAUAGUGUCUGUGGUAGCAACCUGGAGCUGAUUCAAGCCCACAUUGAACCAUCAAAAGUCCGAAUUAUUGGAGGCGACGAAGUAGUACCCCAUUCCGUACCUUAUCAGGUUGGUUUAAGAAUCAAUGGAAAUGCCUUCUGUGGCGGAGCUCUCAUUUCGCCAAAUUACGUUCUCACAGCUGGUCAUUGUGGCGAAGUGAUUCGUUCAGUUGAGGUAAUUUUGGGUGCUCACAAUAUUUCCAACCCUUCAGAAGACACUCAAGUUACAAUAACUGGGAGCAAAAUUACAAACCACGAAAAAUAUGAUUCUGCAACGCUUCGUAACGAUAUUUGUUUGAUUCAGUUGUCAGAACCAGCUCCUAUUAAUGACAAUAUUCAAGCAGCAAAGCUACCACCAAGUAGUGAUUCGGGUAAAAGUUAUUUUGAUGAAACUGUCACAGCAACUGGAUGGGGGUUGUACAAGGAUGUACCUUUUCCCACCACUAGAGACAUGUCUGAUGUUCUGUUGAAAGUUGAGGUUCAAGUUUCAAAUUUAACUGAAUGUGGAAUGUUUUACAAUGAUGAUGAUGGUACUUAUGUAGUUGACACAAACCUUUGUACCUCGGGAUAUAGAAAUAAAGGGACUUGUAAUGGAGAUUCUGGUGGUCCUUUGAGUCUAGAUGGGGUACUUAUUGGACUUACCUCUUUCGGAACGGAUUUGUGUGAAAUGUGCAGUCCUUCGGUAUACACAAGAGUCGUGGAUUACCUUGAUUGGAUUGCUCAAAAUUCUGAUGUUCACAUUGAUUGAUUAACAAUAAAACAAUGACACUCAA